AUGAACCCCCCCCUUCCCAAGUCCCUCAACCUCCCCCUCACCUCAGACCUGUCUUUCUCCCCUUGUGGCUUGGCCCUCCAGAUCCCCCGCCUACUCCAACCGCCUCAAAACCUCCCAUCGAAAAAAAAAGUGCCCUUGGUCAACCCCCCCGCAAAGGACUUGCGGGCCUUCCCCCCUGAACCCCUGGGGGAAUUUUCCGAGCCCUUUGGCUGGCCCGCCCUGCGCCUGCCCCCGUUUGGAUUGCAGGUUUUGCCCCCUGGGGCCCCCCAAGUGGGGGUGGGGCACUUGCCCUUUGCUUUUUUUCACUGGAUGUUUUCGCCUCACAGGCCCGUGGUUACUGGUGCCAAGGUGGGCAGAUUUCCCCCCCUGGAAAACGGCCCCAGCGCCCCGCCCCAGGCUGCUCUGGGGGCGCCGGGGGUUGGGAUGGGGGCCGGGCAAGCACAGGCCAAGAGGCGGGGGUGUUCGUGUAACUGCUUGCCUUAUGGCUUGGGGAUGCGCAGAGGAGCAGCGACCGUAGGCCUCCUUGGUAACUUGUGGUAG